AGCUUUCAGCUUCUAGCAACAUGCAUCUCUGUGUUCUUGCUUCUCUCUUGGCUUUGGUCGGUUUUGCAGCUGGCGCCCCAACGCCAAUUCAAGAAAAAGAUAGGCGUAUUGGUGCUCUUUCAAGAUCAGAUAGGGAUAGAAUAGACAGACAGGACCAAGAUGGUCCCUAUACAGUUAAACCAUAUCAGUUUGGUUUUGAAUUGGAAGACGGAUUUGGAAUGAGUCAAUACCGAAGUGAAUCUUCUGAUGGCUCUGGAGCAGUUAAGGGCAGCUAUGGUUAUAUGGAUCCUUUCGGUGUUUACAGAAAAGUUGAGUACACUGCUGAUGAUAAUGGAUAUAGAGCUGUAAUUCGAAGUAAUGAGCCUGGUACGGCCAAUCAGAACGUUGCUGAUGCACUUUUUAUCGUUGAACCACCACCCGAAGGUGUUGUUAACCAAGACUUACAAGAUGAUAUUAAUCCCAGAAAUGCUAAGGCGUAAUUUCAAAUCGAUGAUUCUUAAGAACUUUUCAAAGGCUAAUUGCUCAUUCUAUUUGAACUAACACGAACACGUCGUUCUUUCCACGUGCUGCAGUAUUGAUAUCAAACUGAACUGCGUCUUAUUUUAGAAAUAAGACUUUAUUUAUUUAUUGAAUGAUAUUUCUUAUCGAGUGACGUAUAAUGUGAUUACUUAUGAGUAUUGUGUGCAGUGUCUUAAAUUUAAAGAGCAGCUAUGUCAAUACAUGUACCCUCAAUGUCUGUUUCUGCAUUAAAUUCUUAUUUGAAUCUGU